ACGACAGAGAUCGCUUGGUGGACAAACGCCGCGCUAAAUUCCGCCAUGGCUUAUUUUCGUAUUAUACAAUAAUAAACUGAAUAAAAAUGUGGGUAGACGUCAGUGCGCGGGAAAAACAAAAUUACAUGACGCAAACAAACGGAUCAUUUAUACCCGGGUACACCGGCCACUGUCCCAUGCUGAAGUUUCGCUUCGGAAAAUGCUACGGAGACAACACGAGACAAAUACUUCGAGAAAUACGCUCUAAGGGACUAUUCAACAAGCCAUUGGAGUACCGUCCUCGGGAUAAUUACGAGCUGAACAAUCUACCUCGUUUCGAGGAACCACAGCGGGACAUUUACGACGGCAUCAGGAACAAGCCACCAGCACACAUGACGGGGUACACUGGUUAUGUUCCCGGGAUGAAUUUUAGUUACGGGAAAUCAUAUGGACGGACAGCAGAUGACUGCAUGGCGAACUUUACAGAGAGGCAAAGGGAAUUAAGACGUAAAGCAGACUUCAAUAGAAGCUAUGUUCGCUCAAGAAGCGCGCCCAAGAUGGAAACAGUUCAUUCCAGAGAUGAAAUCCGAAGAGACUUGAACAGAUUUAGAGAGAUUAAUAAAUAUAAAGAAAACACGAUAUCGCCGGAAUUCCCACCAAUAGCGGGUUACACGGGCCACAUUCCACGAAUUAAGGGAUCUGAAGCCUCUCUAAGUCAACGAUACCACUGCGCAGCAAAACGCGGUUUGGAACUCAUCAAAAUGGAAAGAGAGAAUCGUCAAGAGUUACAAAAUGCUGACACGAAUAUUAAAGCAAUUUUGAAAGAAAAUGGAAAGAAGUAUUCUUAUUGGAACUGGGGAUAGCAUACAGGCAGAAGAAUGUUCUUCACCAAGAGACGGUGAACAUUCUUCUAUAAAAUGGAACGAACAGUAUUUACUUAGAAGAAUUAAAGCGGUUUCGAGUCAGUAUACUAGAUUUGUACAUCAUUGAAGUCAGUGUCCAUAGGCCUAUUUUUAAUGAAUAAAUAAAGAAAUUAUAUUUUAGUUAUAAGGGGAAGAAAUCAGACAUUAAAGGCGUAAACUGGGCGCUUAUAAAUGUGGCUACAAAUAAUUGAACAGUUAUUUGAACAGCAAUUUAUACGAGUAAUAUGAAGUCUGGCAUUAGGUCAUUGGUUGCCUUCCUCAUUUGAUAGAGCUGCAGAUAAUUAACGUUAGGAAGAUCAUCAUCACAUAGUUUCCGUCCAUAGCUGGACUUAGGAUAGGGGAUUUAGAUCUUCAUUCAAGUCAAUAGAAGUUUACGCUAUUGCAAAGAUUUCAAAUAGUAUGGCUGUGUGCGUGAUUAAUUUGAAAAUGCACUCGCGAUAACGCCCUAGUGAGUGCUAUCAAUAUAUUUUUUUAAAUCACAAUACUGAAUGAGGAUUCCUGAGAAAAUGUGAUAUGUUUAAGAAAUCAACAUUUAAAAUUCAUUGUCGACGGAAUAUCUAACGUUUCAACUUCAUGGCAUUUAGGUAGUGCACAAAUAGAGGAAUGCAUGCAAAGAGUAUUGUGACCAUACUUCGAAUUUGACUAUGCAUGGAGUACAAACACUGAUAUAUAGAUUUAUAUGUUCUACUGUAAACAUAAGAAAAUAUAAACUAAAUAGUUAUU